AAAUCUCUAAAAGUGUUAAUUUUCAUAUCAUCUAGGUUCAGUUAUGAAAAAACAUAAGAUAUUGCGUAAUAAAUGGAAAAAGAGUCGUCGUAAACUUCGGAGACAAAAAAUGGCAGUAAAACGAGAAGAAUUGCUUCAAAAACAAGAACAAAAUCGUUUGAACUCUCCAUCAUACAAAGAAUGGCUUAAAAAUCAAGAAGAGAUUGAAGAAUUUGAACGAAAUGAAAGUGAACGGAUUGCUGUUAUGCAAUAUAAAAAAUGGGUUGAACAAGAGUAUGCUGCUAUCGAAGAAUGGAAAUCAAUACAACAAAAAUUGGAAAAAAUUAAACAAGAAAAAGCUCAAAAAGAAUUAUUAAUUAAACUAGAAUGGGAAAGAGAACAGAAGAAAAUUAAAGAAACAGAAGAAAAGAAGAAAAAAGAAGAAGAACUCCAAGAAGAAAAAAAUGCUAAGUUUAUUGAAGAAAUUGAAAUGUAUAUCAACAAUCUGGGUCCACUGCCUGAAUCUAUUAAUGUUAGUACGAGUACAAGACCAGAUCAACCACUGUGUCCUUUUUUUUCAAAAGUUGCAGCUUGUCGCUUUCGUGAAAAUUGUUCUAGAAAUCAUGUUCGACCAGGUAUUAGUAAUACAUUGUUGAUUCCUAAUUUUUAUAAAAAUUUUGAAUUAAACAUGCGUUAUGAACGUGAAUUUGAUAUUGAUAUUAGUUUGGAAUGUGAUGAAAAAGAGGCAUAUGAAAAAUUUUAUGAAUUUUUUGAAGAUAUAUUAGUUGAACUUAAAAGUUAUGGACAAAUAAUUGAACUUAAUGUUUGUAGAAAUCAAGAAAUACAUCUAACAGGUAAUGUUUAUGUUCAAUAUAGAAGUAGACGGCAUUCUUUAAAAGCAUAUAGAAACUUGUGUGGUCGUUUCUAUGGUGGCCGAAAGAUAACUGCUGAAUUCUGUAAUAUUCCUUCAUGGUCUGAAGCGGUAUGUGGAUUAUUUUUUAGGAAAAUGUGUCCAAAAGGAAAAAAUUGUAAUUAUUUGCAUUUAUAUAAAAAUCCUGGUGGUAAAUAUCAAUCAAAACCCCAAAGAAAUCGAAAUGAAAACUCAAGUCAUAGAGAAAAUAAAAAUAAUUCUAUUAAAACAGAACGAGAACUACAGUCAAGAGCAAGAAAAGAAAAAAGGAAUAGCUCAAAAAGAGAAAAGAGAUCAAUGGAUGGUUCGUCUCAAAGAGAAAAAUUGAAUUCUCCUAAAUGGGAUAACACUCCAGACCGACAAAACAAAAGUUCUGGAUCACUUAAUUGGGACAGUGAUGAUGAUUAAAUAAUUUUAAUUAAUCUAUUUAAAGUGAUAGGAUAGUAAAAUUGUUUAUCUUGCACGUUUUAAAUUUGUAAAUCUAAGGCAAUCUAUUAAAAUCUCAUUGAAUUAUAUAACAAGUAAUUAAACUUAAAAUUUUAGAAUUAUAUUUAUG